AGGGAAGCAACAAUGAUCUUCUGUUGGAGCUCUCUAUCGUUGAAAACAUUGUGAUGUGGUGAUCGCUUGAGGUUGACGCCUUUUUCCAACUUCCUUUAUCUGUCUCCAAACAACUAACUGAGCUAAGAAUUCCACAGGUUCUGGCUGGAAUAAGAUAAAUAAAUCAGCCUAAGGUGAAUUUUUCAUCAUGACAAUGGGUGACAAAAAUUUGUAUGGCAAAUUAAUUGUGGAUGUUGUCAUUUGUCCUGUGUUAGAAAAGCUUGAAAGGAAAGACAUUUCAGCUGCACAGACUCUGAGAUCAGCUAUUUCAAAGGCUGAAAGUAAGCUACCAGGAUUGACUUAUGAUUUGGUACGAGGGCUUCUGCAGCAAGCUGAAUUAGCAGACAAAAUGGACUUGUGCCAGACAUUGCUCCGCCUUGGAGGUGUUACUGAGACAGAAGAAAUUCGGAUCCCUCGAUCUGAGGCCAUUUACAGAGAGCUGAAUGAUUGUUCUGUAGACCUGAAACGCAUUCUUGGACGAAUUCCAGAGCAGAUCUAUGAUCGCAAACAGUUUUUGGAAACUAUAAAGGAAAUUGCCAGCUCCAUCAAAACUCUACUUGAUGCAGUAAACAAAGUGAUUGCAGAAAUGCCGCCGCACAUGGUAGAGAAUGGAACAAAACAGGUGUUAGAAGACCGCAAGAAGGAGUUUGUGAGAUACUCAAAAAAAUUCAGCAACACAUUGAAAGAAUAUUUCCGAGACACAAGUCUAAACCAGAGCGUAUUUCUGAGUGCCAACCACCUUAUCCACCAGACAAAUCUGAUUCUGAAGACUGUUCGUCAGGAUGUUUGCUGAGAACCCUGCGCUGUUUGGCCAGCAUUAAGUGAUUUUCAAGUAUGCUGGUGCCUGUUGUACACUUUUCAGCAGGCAUGGAAGGGACAGACUACUAUUCCAUCCAAGCGUGCAACAAAUUGUUAUGUGGCUAUUUUAAUGUGCAAACGGAUACAGUGCACCAUACCCAUAUUUUUGUCAUUGACGUUGCCUGUAUUUAGAAGAAAAAACUUCCUUGUCCACAUAUCUUUCUCAUCCUAACAUUACAAAGGGAAGGGAUGUGAGGUUAUGAAAGUCAACUGUAGAUAUGGGGAAGAUUAGUGUCAGUGGAGCAUAAAGUGUACCAAAAAUUGAUGGGGGAAAUGUUGAAGUGGUUUGAAAAUGAAAAGCCUAUUUAAAUUUAAGUUAUGGUUUUUAUGUGGUAAACAUUCUUACAAUAUUCAGCACAAAUGAACCUCUGAAAUAUCUCCCUUUAAUGGCUUUCAGCACGGGCACCCUGCAGGGAUCAGUGGAUGUGUGUAUAGAAAUGGUGUAGGGUGAUAAUUGAAAUAUUCAGUUGUACAGUUUAUUUUUAUGACAUCGCUCACACCAACUAGCAAAGCGUGUUUAAAAAGUGGUAAAUCUUGUAUUUGCGAGGUUUAAGGGAAACUUAGCAGUUGUAUUUUCACUUUGUUUUAAAGAUGUCCUAAUUUUUCCUUUUAUACGGCUAGUGUAGGCAGGUUCUUUGUCAUGAUUUCAGCUUCUUCAGACCAUAGAUGAUUUUUUUUUUAAAAUUUAUUUAAAUUUGAGACAGUUAUUGCUGCUUGUUCUUUCUACAUCUGUUUAACCCUAUUUCCUGUUUUCUUGGAGAGGAUGCCCCAAAAAUACUGCACUGCGCUUAAGUUGGCCCUCUGUAAUCUGGAGUGCGCUUAUAUCUGACUCUUGGCUUAUCAAAUCCAAAUGACAAACAACACAAAACAUUACUUAAAAAUUGAAUUGCUUAUAGCCAGCAUGCAUAUAAUCAAGAGAGCGCUUAAUUGAUUUCUUUGGGUAAGACGCAUUGUCAUGGAUUCAUAAUGAUCUGUGGUGCUGCUCAAUUCCCACAUCUGAAAAUAUGUGCAAUUUUAAGGUGAAAUUAGCUUGUCACUCAUUCUUGAGACUCCUGUAGGGUUUGGACAAUGCUUCCCAAGUUUGUGAAGGUUAAGCUUACAGAUCUGACACACUAAUUGUCCGUGGUUGCUACAUAGAAAAGUCAGAACAAGUCAUGUUAUCACAGAGGCAGCCAGAUAUUAAAACCACCUGUACCUUACCUCCCUUUGCUUAGGAACACAACCAGCAAGCACAAUCAAAUUGUCAGAAUCUCUUUAUGCAUGAAAUUUCUUUUUUUUUUUUUUUUUUUUUUUGAGAAGUCAUCCAUUGGACAUAUGAACAAACUAAUUAUAGCUUAUUUACAUAAUGAAUCAACUCCUUGAAAGUUUUGGGGGCACUUUUAUUGAUUACACAGUAAGUGGUCAAGAGAGGAAGAUCACGUGUUUGGCAGUACAACUUGUGUUCUUGUUGACUGUUCACUCCAAAAUAUUUUUCAAAGCUGGGUUUGGGAAAUUCACAUUCCAUGGUUGUUAUGUCACCCUGGUUUUCAUAUUAACAUUGACCAGAACAUAUGACAGAUGUUUUGUACACAAUUUAUAAAAACACAAAAGUGUGUGGUGCAUAAGAUGGAAUAUAAUAUUGUCUUUUGAAAGUGUCUUGCAUGGUAUGGACUGAUGCGGAGCUAUUUAACACUUCACUAAAGGAUGUUAUGUAUGCCUGAAAAUUGUAAGGUGGUGGUUGCUAUUUUAAGAGCGCGUCUUACUUUCUGCAGAGCUAAAUAACAUAAUAUUGCUCUAAACAAUUGAAAAACCACCUUCACUUUUUACUUCUUUACAAAAUACUUUCUACAUAACAAUUCAUUGUAAUGCAACUUUCAAAAUAACAGUGAACAUAAUGUAUCUUUCUAAAUAACAUCAAACAUGACCAAAUGAUCUAUUCAGCAACUUGUUGCAGGCUUUAAUAGAGAUGUCAGUUUGCAUGAAAAAAAAAAAAA